AUGGCGGCCUUCUUCAGCCAGGGCUACCGCGUCCAGGCGGCCAGCUCCACAAAGGCUGAGAAAGAGGAGCAGCAGGAGCCGCAGGAGGCAGAGGCAGGGCACCCCGCCUUCGCUGUGCCUCCCCUGGUGAAGAACACGUUCAUUCACGAUUUCGGCACGGGCGCCGAGGAGGUGCCCAUCCACGCGGCGCGGCGCUGCCACUCCGAGCCCCCGCUGCGCACCCCCGCCACGGGGGCGGGCGGCCCUGCAGCGGAGCUGGAGCCGGAGGGGGCGCCAGCCAACGGCAUCGUCAGCGCGCUCCACAUGAUGGAGGUCGAGAAGACCGCGAACGGGGUCCUCGAGGUCGCGUUCCAGCAGCUGGCCCACCUCAGCCCCGAGGAGAUCGCCGGGGCCCUUUACCUCGCCGCCCGCAGGCUGCGCCGGCCCCAGCUCGAAGCGGCCUCGGCCCUGCUCCUGCAGCCGCUGCUGCUGCGGCUUCAGCGCAUGCUCCACGUGUGCCAGCAGUACCCCGCGGUCCUGGCGGAGUGCUCCGACGCGGAGCUCACGAACUCGCUGUGGGGCCUCGCCAGGCUGUACCCGGGAGCGGCCAGUGGCGUGGCGGGCUGGGUGGAGGGCAGCCUCUCGAGGCAGGAGAUGCUCAACAUCAGCCUCUCGCUCUCGCGGCUGCGGGUGCCGCCGCACGAGAUGCGGGCGCUCGUGGACAGCGUCGCGGCCUGCCUCGCAAUGCGCGACGACCAGGUCAACCAGCUGGACCUGUUCCAGUGGGACCAGGAUACCCGGCACACCCCGAGCGCGCCCCGAAGCGGGCUUCCUGAGGCACGGGUUCGGAGUGCAGGUGCGGCAGUGGUGCCCGCCGAGUUCGACGCAGGCGCGGGCGUGCCGGUGAGCUUCCACGGGCAGCCGGACAGCCGGGCGAUUGUCGGCCACGGCCCAGACUUCGGGUGCACUGGCGUGUGCUCGAUCCCGGCAGUGCAGCCAGCGCCGCAGCAGCAGUCGAGGCUCGGCCCCGCUCUCGAGCUGGCCAGGGCGCACCGCCCAGCUCCCGCCGGCCCUCUGCUGGCCGUCGGCAGUGCCCAGCACCCUCGGCGUCUCGAGUCUUGGGCUCACCGUCCGUCGCAGGUGGAGCUGUGCGGCUGGUCCCGGCCUGGGAUGCAAGGCUACGUGGCGUGGCAGAACGGGCUGUUGUCGCCAGAGGCCAUGGCGGCCGAGCGUUUCGUGGAGAUCCCCGCGCUGCACCAGACGGCGAUCUUCCGGCGCGCGGCCGUGGAGGAGGUGCUCCGGGCCAGCGGCGGGGCCUACCGCGACGGCCCGCUGGCGCGACCCCGCGGCGCGGGCGCGCCCGACGACGAGGGCGCGGUCUUCGGGGACGCGCUGGACGUCCCCGUCGACAUGUGGUGGUGGCUCUCCUUCUUCCACUGCGGCAAGCGCUGCGGCAAGGUGCCGGGGCCGCCCUUGUUCGGCUGGAGGCAGCACCCGCGCCAGCACACCCGGACGCACGGCAGGCUCAGCAUCGAGAACCUCCGCCGUAUCAAGGUCCACUUCCUCCUGCGCCCUGGGGGGCCGUGCAGCUCGCCUCAGUGCCAACGCAUCGUGGUGGUGUCCGUCGGCGCCACGCUCAGGAGCUGGGUCCGAGCCGGGGGCGCGCGGCCCGAGGUGCUGCCCCCCGGGAGGCGUCUGCGAGGCGGAGUGGAAGCCGAGCAAAGGGGGCGUGGGCUCCCAGCACCACCGGCCCCCGCCGGCCGCGGCCGCGGCGGCGCCGGCGACGUGGCGGCUCUGGGCCUUCGGCAACGAGACGGCGCGCAGGCGCGUGGCGGAGCAGGUGCCCGACUUUGGCGCCCGGGACAUCUUCGUGGCCUGAGCCCGGCGGGCGCCGGAGGCGCCCCGCCCCGGAUGGCCCCCCCUCUCGGAGGACGCUUGCCCGGGGCCUCUCCCGGCGCGCAGCCGACGAAGGCCGCGCCUCUGAAAGCCGCACGGCGCCGGGGGGCGGCCGCCGCCGCGGGGGAGCGAGGG